AAGGAUUUGUUGCUAAUCUCUUAGUUAAUGCGGACAACUUGACUGUGCUAACAUAAAUUACGAAGAAGCCUCAGGACAGGGACAUGCAAGUUGGUAUUCAGCAGAAAUUGAUGGUGUAUACGUUUUCUUUUGGUGGUUGUAAGUGUUCUGGAGAAGUUGGUUUUGCGGUUUAGUUUUGUCAGGGGGAAAAAGUGGUGCUUUUUGCAACUAAGCUCAUUUAUUUGUGUCAGAAAACGUAAUUUCCAGUGACUUAAAAUAACAGAACUGUUUCACUUUGAUGGUUGCAGAUUAAGAUCAGUAUUUUUGGUUUUGGUGUUUUAAGUUACUGCAUCUGGGUAAAGUAGAAUAGUGUGUGUGUGUAUUGCCCACUAUGCCACUGCCUGCAACUGAUGUCCCAGCCACUCAGAGGCUGGCACUGGACUGCCGUACCCUUCUGGACCAUCGCGUUGGCAAGGGGGUUUGUGGUUGCUGUGGGGCACUCAGGCCUCGGUACAAGAGACUGGUCGACAACAUCUUCCCAGAGGAUCCAGAGGAUGGACUGGUCAAGGCCAAUAUGGAGAAGCUGACAUUUUAUGCCCUGUCAGCUCCAGAGAAACUGGACCGUAUCGGGGCCUACCUGUCUGAGAGACUGUCACGGGAUGUGGCCCGGCAUAGAUACGGAUAUGUGUGUAUAGCCAUGGAAGCCCUAGACCAGCUGCUGAUGGCCUGCCACUGCCAGAGCAUCAACCUGUUUGUGGAGAGCUUCCUCAAGAUGGUGCGCAAGCUGCUGGAGUCUGACAAACCCAACCUGCAGAUCCUAGGAACCAACUCUUUUGUGAAGUUUGCUAAUAUAGAAGAGGACACUCCAUCGUACCACCGCAGCUACGACUUCUUUGUGUCCCGCUUCAGUGAGAUGUGCCAUUCAAACUAUGAGGACCCUGACAUCCGUACCAAGAUUCGGAUGGCGGGGAUUAAAGGUCUGCAGGGUGUGGUGAGGAAGACUGUGAAUGAUGAGUUGCAGGCAAAUAUCUGGGAUCCCCAGCACAUGGACAAGAUCGUCCCUUCUCUGCUGUUCAACCUGCAGAGUGGAGAGCGCACAGAGAGCCGCUCUCCUUCUCCGCUGCAGGCGUCGGAGAAGGAGAAGGAAAGCCCCGUGGAGCUGACGGAGCGCUGUUUCAGGGAGCUGUUGGGUCGAGCUGCCUACGGCAACAUCAAGAACGCCGUCUCGCCCGUCCUGAUGCACAUGGACAACCACUCUCUAUGGGAGGGAAAGAUCUUUGCUGUGCGUUGCUUCAAAAUCAUCAUGUACUCCAUCCAGUCCCAACACUCUCACUUAGUAAUCCAGCAACUCCUGGGCCAUCUGGAUGCUAACAGCAAGAACUCGGCCAAAGUGCGGGCUGGCAUUGUGGAAGUGCUGCUGGAGGCUGCUGCCAUCGCAGCCAGCGGCUCCGUAGGCCCUACAGUGUUGGAGGUGUUCAACACCCUGCUGAGGCAGCUGCGCCUCAGCGUGGACUACGAGUUGACCGGCUCGUAUGACGGAACCAACAUCGGCACCCAGAUCAUCAAAGCUCACGAGGAGCGGCAGCUGCAGGAGGCUGUCAUCAGGACCAUUGGCUCAUUUGCCAACACCCUACCCACAUACCAGAGGUCAGAGGUCAUGCUGUUCAUCAUGGGAAAGAUCCCGGUCCCUGGAGUAAAUUUGACUCUUCCCCCUAACGAACUUGUGCCUCAGGGAACACAAAUGAUUCAGAUUAUGUUGCUCAAGUCCUUGGUGCAGGUGACAAUGGGUUUCCAGACCACCAAUAUGCUCACAGCGUUGCCGGACACUUUCCUGGACCCUCUGCUGUCCUUCUCUCUAAUCAAUCACCCGGAGGUCCGGUUACUUGUUCUCCAGAUUCUCCUCAGCCUCAUCGACAGGCAUGACAACAGGCCCAAAUUCGCAACAGUCUGCAUCAUCUCUGACAUCUCUGUGCUGAAACUCAAAGUUGACAAGUGCUCCAGACAGGACAAUUUAUUCAUGAAAAAGCAUGGCCAGCACCUGUGCCGACACAUCUACCUUGGUUGUAAAGAACAGAGCAGCAGCCAGCAGCACUAUGAGACCCUCUAUGCUCUGUUGGGUCUUCUCUGCGUGGAGUUGGCGAACGAAGAGGUGGUGGUGGACCUCAUCCGACUGGCACUCGCCUUGCAGGACUUGGCCCUGUGCACGGAUGAAGAUCUGACUAUUUAUAACCGCUGUGCUGUGCAUGCCCUCUCCGCCGCCUACCUCAACCUCAUCUGCCAGCUCACCACCGUCCCAGCCUUCUGCCAACACAUACAUGAAGUAAUUGAGGUGAGACAGAAAGAAAGUCCUUACCUUUUGCCUGAGGGCAUCUUUCUUGAGUGUCCCACGCUGCCGCCUUCGCUGGAGAGGGUGGAAAGUGGUGUUUUGUUUCUCCAGUCGAAGAUCGCAGAGGUCCUGGGAGGAAGUGGUUACAACACGGACCGACUGGCAACACCCUACGUCCCACAGUGCACCGAUGAGGACCGGCUGUCCAAAAGAAAGAGCAUUGGGGAGACCAUCUCACUUCAGGUGGAGGUUGAGUCCCGAAACAGUCCAGAGAAAGAAGAGAGGACUCCGGCAGAAGAAAUCACAUUUGAAACCCUGAAAAGUGCCAUUGUGGACAGUGCUGGUAUGGAGGAGCAGGAGAGGGAGCGGCGGAGGCAAGUGGUGGAGAAGUUUCAGAAGGCACCAUUCGAGGAAAUCGCUGCCCACUGUGGUGCCAGGGCCACGAUGCUGCAGAGCAAACUGAAUCAGAUAUUUGAGAUCACAAUCAGACCCCCUCCCAGCCCAUCUGGAACCAUUUCCUUGGGUUACGGCCAAAGCCAGAGUCGAUCUGUUCCCAUUUAUGAGAUGAAGUUUCCCGACCUUUGUGUGUAUUAGAGCACAAAGUUUCGCAGCGACGCAACAAAACUGAUUAACCUUUUUUUUAGGUUCAGGGAAGAGUAACCGAUCUUUACUGUAAACUGAUCUCAAUCGUGGAAUCGGACGUUAGAUGAAACUUUAGAGCAACACACAAGACACUAGUUAACUUAGUUGUGUGAAAAGGUCUUUUAUGGUUUGAUUGCAACCAGAACAAGCUGGCAAAAGUAAUCAAAACACAACAAACUCUCUUGAUUUACCUUUAUUUGUAGAAACUCCACUGGUUGGAUUAUCAAGUUUAGAGAUUUCCAAGAACUGUGACAGAGAAGCUUUGUGUGUGUCUCCUGGACCUGGGAAUGUUAACGGCACUGCAAUCUCUGGAUGUUCAUUGUGUUUUUUGUUCGUCCCAGACGGGGUGCCAUACCUAACAAAAUUAGAUUAACCUGUCUCAUUUUGCUAACAUUUUCUGUUUAUUUAUUUAGAUCUAAACACUAGAGAGUGUAUUUGACUUUUUUUUUUAAUCCAUGAAUAACUCUUGUUACUCUGUAGGUUUCCUUCGCCUUCUCAGUGUUGGCCAAAAGUGCUUUUUCAUUUUGUGAUGGGCAUUUAAUUCCUUAUUUUUUACUUGUAUUUAUUUUGAUUCUAAUCAUUUCUAACUGAGAAACGAUCACUAAAACAAAACUUGUGCCACACGUGACCACAUAAACUCCUGAAAUGCAAUGUUUACAACAUUGGAAAAUACUAUAAAAAUGAUUAUUUUUUUCGUCCCAUAUAAAUGUGUAUAUAUUUAGAGAGAACUAUAUAAGUCUAUAAGCCUAUGUACAGAGCAGGGAUGUUUUCUGUGUGUAUAUUUUUGUUUUUAACUGUCGCUGCACUGGUUGUCUCCAAUAAGUUGAGGGAAAAAAAUCUGAAGCAACCAGCAACACAUAAAAUCCAAAUGAGCAGUCUUCUUCCGAAACAGAAGCUUGUUCCAGCAGCUUCACCCUGACCUGCAUUAUUACCGCUGCAUCCUCGGCUCUGCAGGAUUGGCUUCCCAGCAGUGCAUCUGUCUCGUCGAGAUUUAAUAAGCCAUUUAGUGCGCUAGAGCGUACAAAAUACACACACACACAGGUACAAAAACAAGGUAUAAUGGCAAUAAUUUGGCACGAGCCUGGCAAAUGCGGUCCAACUGUUGGUAGCAGAUUCCUUUGUGCGUUGUUGAAGCGUGCCUCUUAUCGUUGUGGUGCUGUGAUGGCUCGUUGUGUGACGUUUUAAAGGAAUGCACUCCUUCUCUGGCGCUUUGUUGACUGAGUUGCAUCUGUCUCAUGUUAUGUAGAUGCAGAGUUUUUUUUUUUUCUUUUAACAUGUAGAGUCAAAUGUGUCAAUCAGUUUACCAAAUCAUUGCCCCCUCUUUUUUUUUAAAUAGUGUGAGUGAGAUUGUUUGUUCAUGUAUCUGUGCAAACACAGAUGUGUCUUUAUCGUUGUUACCGGAGACCAAACCCUUCAGACACAGUUUACAGUCUUAUCCAGUGACUGACUCCUCCUGGUUCAUGAAGAACAACCCGUUGAUGCAGCAGCACACAGCUGCCCGAACCCUUCAGUGGCGCGUCGUGAUGCCGUCUUUUCAGAAUCAGAUCUGUAAAUCUGUCUUGCUUGUUGUCAUUGCAUUGUGUAAUGUGAUACUAGCUUACGGCCAUCCUGACUUAGUUUUUCUUCAUGACAUGUCUGGUUAAUAGAUCCAUUUUGCAAUGUAGUGCUGUAGUACAAAUUGAUUCAUUCUGUGGACUUUGCACUUUAAAAACUGGAUUACCUAGUGACAAAGGCAGCUUUUACAUGGGGAAAAUGCCUUACAUGUGUCAUACCUGACUUUGCAUGCUAGUCGACUCGUAGCUGUGUUAUACAAUAAAUGUAUCUCAAACCAUGAA